AUGGGACUGGAGAGACAGUGGCUUCAGGCUGUCAUCACUGCUGUAGCCAUCUGUCUGCUAAGUGUGUCUCAAGGUGUGUCAUCGUUGGUUCGUGCCAGGGAGGGGGGUUCUGCAGAGCUGGGCUGCAGUCUCACUCCUACAUCCAAGGAAGCCACCACACCAAAUCUCUUUCCUCUACAUGUGGUGGAGUGGGUGCGCCUUGGUUACAACGUUCCCAUCCUCAUCAAAUUUGGAGUGUAUGCGCCUCGUGUUCACCCAAACUAUAAGGGCCGUGUGUCUCUGACCCAGGGUGCCUCUCUGGUGCUGGAACGGCUGACCCUGGAGGAUGAGGGCUGGUUCGAAUGCCGCAUCUUGCUCCUGGACAGCAAAACAGACGACUUUCGUAAUGGCACAUGGACCUUCCUCUCCAUCACAGCUCCACCUGUGUUCAUCAAGAAACCACCAACUUUUGUGGAGGUUCUUCUGGGAGACUCACUGACUCUCAGCUGUGGAGCCCAUGGCAACCCCCGCCCAACCGUUGUCUGGCAUAAAGAUGAGAGUCCAAUUGAGAGACACGAAAAAAUAAAAGUGCUGAAUGGUACCUUGUCUUUGGCCUCUGUCACAAGAAAUAUUUCAGGCGUGUACAAAUGUCACGUGUCCAACUCAGAGGGGAACCUGACCCACUCUAUGCAGCUGCAGGUCAAAGGUCCUCCAAUCAUCAUCAUCUCCCCAGAGGACACCACUCUCAACAUGUCCCAGGAUGCAGUUCUGCAGUGCCAGGCUGAUGCCUACCCUUCCAAUCUCACCUAUGAGUGGUUAAAACAAGGACAGAAUGUUUACCACAUUGAGUCCCUUAAAUCCAGAGUGAAGAUUUUGGUGGAUGGAACACUUCUUAUCCCUAAUCUCAUCCCAGAAGAUGCUGGCAACUACACCUGCACCCCAACUAAUGGGAUAUUGACCCCGCCCUCUGCCUCUGCACAUCUGAAAGUGAAACACCCUGCACGUGUGGGCCGAAUGCCUCGAGAAACAUACUUGCCAGCAGGUAUGGAGGGGGUCAUUGUCUGUCCUGUCCAGGCUGAUCCGCCUGUGCUGUAUGUCAACUGGACCAAAGACGGGAGCGAUUUAAAUCUUGACAACUUACCAGGUUGGAUGGUGAACUCUGAGGGCUCAGUUUUUAUAGCAACAGCUAAUGACAAUGCUGUUGGCAUGUACACCUGCACUGCCUAUAACAGUUAUGGCACGAUGGGCCAGUCUGAACCUACACAAGUCAUUUUGCAGGACCCACCAUCUCUCCGAGUGCCUCCACGGCCUGAGUAUCUCCAGGAGGUGGGCAGAGAGUUGAUCAUCCCUUGCGAAGCCUUUGGAGACCCCACUCCAAACGUAACAUGGAGCAAGAUUGGCCCAACUCCUCGCUCUCCGUACACUGUGUUGGCUAAUGGUUCCCUACUACUGCAGCCACUCAGUAAAGAUCACAACGGGGGCUGGGAGUGCCUGGCCACUAAUCGUGUAGCGACUGUCAGUGCAGGCACUGUGGUCAUGGUGCUGGGCACCAGUCCUCAUGUUGUGUCCUCAGUAUCUGUCACCACGGAGAUGAACCAGGCAAAUGUGUCCUGGGUGCCUGGCUUUGAUGGUGGAUACACCCAGAAGUUCACAGUGUGGGUCAAGCAGGCAUCCAGGGGGAAACAUGAAUGGGCGUCUUUGCCUGUUCCCACAUCCAAAAACUACCUGCUAGUGACUGGGCUACUUGCUGGCACAGGAUAUCAGUUCAGUGUCCUACCUCAGAAUAAACUUGGCUCUGGACCUUUCAGUGAAAUAGUUUCAGUGCGAACACAAGAAGCACCUACAGCUGUCACCACUCUCCCAAUCCUGGAUCCUCCCAUAUUCCUGUCAGCCAACCGGACUGAGCAAGGUGUUCUCCUCCAGUGGUCGCCUCCAGAGGCUCUAUCCUCUCCAUUGACAGGCUUUGUGCUGCAGGCCCGCAGAGAUCAGGGCCAGUGGGUCAUCCUCAGCAGCAAUAUUACUGCCAACCAAAGUGAACUACUUGUACAUGGACUGCUCAGGGACUCCAGUUAUGAUCUGAGGCUGAUGUCUCGCAGCAGCAAAGUACUUAGUGAACCCAGUGAGUCUGUCAAUGUAUCCACCAUAGGGAUGGAGAUUUACCCCCUGCGCCCAAGUUUCUUGGAGGUUAUCCCGGAGCCCCUGUUGGCUGGUGUGUUAGGAGGAGUGUGCUUCCUGUUUGUGGCCAUCAUCCUCUCGUUGGUGACAGCAUGCUAUAUGAGUCACAGGAGACAGCGUCGGCGCAGAAAGAGAAGACAAGAUCUGCCAUCUGCCUUCCAGAAGACCUCAUCACCAGAAGCCCGCAUGCCUCCUCGCAGCCCAGACAGUGUCCUAAAGCUGAAGCUGUGUCCACCACUUCCCUUCUUCCCCAACUCCUCCUCCUCUCAGUCAGAUCGGUCCUCCUUUGAUAAAGGCAGCCGUGGGGAAUACCACGACCAGCGGAAACAACUCUUGUCCAACUCGUCUCCACCACCUCAUUACACACUCUUUGAGAGUCACCUGGGGUCUCAGGCUCCCUCACCAACUGCUCUGGAGUCCAUUUCCAGAGGGCCAGAUGGACGCUUCAUUGUCCAACCACUGCCAGAAGGUUCCAGUCCCACCAAUAAGAAAAACUUGAAGAAGGACAUCCUGCAGAGUAAUGGUGGGGCAAGUGGCUCUGGGAGCAACCGGACAUCAUUCAGGGACUCUCCAAAGUCAAGCAUCUUGAGCUCAGAGAAAGACGAGAGGAAGGAUUCUCCUCUCACUGUGGACAUCCCAGAGCUGAGCAGGCCUCCUUCCUCUCCUGGUAGAGUACGGGCCAUGGCCAGAAACUUCUCCCGUCAUGGCUGCUUUUACUCUGACGACGAACAAGGCUCAGAGGCACUGCUGGAAAGAGCCAGUUUCUAUUCAGACAACAGUGAGAAAAAACCAAGCGAUUCUCUCAGAAGAAGUUUGGGCAGGAGAACAAAACUUCUGGAUAGAGAUAGAGACAGACCUCACCAUUCAGGCUAUCAGCCUAUGGAAAGUCACCUGACUAAUAACAGCACCCUGGUCUCACAACUAGACAGUGAGCUGGAGAGGGAUAGCAUUAACAAGUGUGUCCAACUGGCAAAGGAGAGGGAAGAAAUGGAGAGGGAGCUAGAGAGCUAUACAGCUGAUCAAAGAAGCCGUGGUUGUGGAGGAGAUAAGCGACAGUCUAAAACAACAGAGAAACCUCAAAGGGAUGCAGACAAGUCAGAAGAAGAGCCAGUAUGGAAGCCACAAGAUGUUACUAUCAGACAGAAACACAGGCCUUCAGGUCAGACAAGUCGGGUAUCUGAUUAUAGGAGGGCGUGCUACUUUGGCAACACCAGCAGUCCCAUGGACCGGCUCCCUAUGUCUCGCAUACAGUGGGACAUUAGCCCUGUUAGCUCUGUCACCAGCCUCAUUCCUGUACAGACCCCUGGGGAGACCACAUUGCCCAGGUCGCAGCGUCCUCGCACAUGCAGGGGAACCUCAGAGGACUCUCUUGCUGUUGAUUCAUCACGGUCUCCGGUCACCCAGAACACCUCCCUCCCCAUGUUUUCCCCUGACAUCACCCCAAAAAGCCCACCUGUUCUGUGUUUAGAAACACCAGACAGAGCCAGGUCAUUGAGUCCUCAGAGAGAGCCAGAUAUAUGCAGGAAGUCUUUAACUGAGCAGGGCUUGAGGGGAAUGACACAGGACAGAGGUGUUGCUUCAAGGUCCAGACACUCAUAUGCUUAUGCAGGCACUCAGCCCUGGGAUUCAGCUGCCAGAUGUCCUUCUGUCGACCGUGAGAGGCCUGAAAGUUCAGCUUCUGCACCAUAUAAUCAGCCUGAGAGGACUGCAGACUACACAGCCACAAGGGAUCCAAGUCCCUCAAGUUAUUCUACCUUACCCUAUGAACAUCAUGACGUAGGGGCAAAGGCCAAAGACAGAGAGACUCAGAGUCGGGACGGCCGCCGGAGUUCAGGGUUUUACUCUGAGUUAGAAAGAGAGGGUGUCCGAACACGCUCGAGGAGGAGUGACAAAUGUCUUUUCUCUGAUAGUCCCAGCCCUAUUUCAACACUGACUCUUGUAGAAGAGGUCGAAAGUGACCAGUCCCAAUUUUCUGUGCCCAGAAUGUCAGAGUCUUUCAAGGCCAAGCCUGCAGCCCCGUCUCCCAAAAUGUCCCCACUGCAGACAAGUGCAAUUCUUGAAUACUUGAGUCUUCCAGGUUUCAUUGAAAUGAGUGUGGAUGAGCCUGUGGAAGAAGCUGAAGUCACAGAUGCUGCUGGACAAAGUUCAGAACUAAAGUCAGAAAAAUCUCUGGUGGCCAAGCCUGAUGUAGUUCCUAAAAACUGGGAGGUUCAUGUUCAAGAAAACCGGGAAACAGACUCAAACCAAAAGGAAGUUUUCUUUGAACAGAGUCAUUCUGUGGGUGCUGCAGAGCCUAGCUUUGAUGCUAGUAGAAGACAAGGCUUUAAACGCUCGCUCAAUGCGGAAGCUAGACAGUCUUCACAUAGAGUAAGAUUUCCAGAUGAGCCAAGACCAUCAUCUCCUGGUCCAGAGAAAACUUGCAAGCAGCUCUAUAAUGAGAAAACACAAAUUCGAGUGGGGAAUAAAAGCACAGACAGACCUGGAUCUAGACUUGUGUCCAGGUCAGCUCACACCUUGUUCAGUGCAGCUAGAGGCAUGGCAGAUAUAGUGUCCAAACAUUCCCAAAGUUUUGUAGACUGUAGUGAGUCUUUAUCAGAGCAAUGUCAAAGACAGCCCUCUCAGGGCAGCAGGACUAAUAACAUUGCGUCCCGGAUCUGUCAAGCCCCUGUGCCAUUUCUGAAGAAAUCCUUAAGUAUAGGUCCUUGUAGGACGCUCUCAGGCAUGGGACAGCCUCGUCCUUUCCUAAAGAAAUCCAUCAGUUUAGGCUCACAGAGGUGGGAGCACUUUGAGAGCCCAAGGACAUAUAUUUCUGAGAAGUGUUACUGGGACGAGUUCCCAAACCCAGAUGGCAGGGUGAAGUCGUACAGUUUGGGCCGCACUCCAUCUUCCCAUCCCAGGCCAGGCCCCUCUUGGAGGGAGUAUGUCCCAUUGAGACGCCCCAGCAUGGGGAGCUUAGAGAGGCCUCAUCACGUACAAAGAUCUUUAGCUAGCCCUUCCUACCUCACUCCUUGUAUGUACCCACCCAGACAAACCUCAGUCUCCCCAAUGCUGGAACCCUCCGAUCCACGACGGCAAGCCACUGUUUUCCCCGAGUCGUCCAGGUGGUCUCCCUCUUAUCACGAAACUCUGAGAUCUGCCCAGCAUAAAUAUAUUCCCAUGCCCUCCUCCAUUCCUGUGCCCCAGCACCAACACUGGCCAGGUUCCAGAGGCGAAAGCAUGAGACCCAUGGACCCUAGGAGGGGCCCUCCAAGGUCCUACCUGCCCAGGGGCAUUAGCUGGCCCUCCCCUUAUUACGCCCCUUUCCCACCUAGGGAGGGAGAGAGUUACAGACAGCCAGACAGGAUGAUGGGGAGAGGAGGGGAGACUGAUAUCCGAGAGGUCAGAGAGAUUAGGGAGGGAGGGAGGGCCAGUUAUGCCAGUCAGAGCAGUGGUAGGGGUAGCGCUGGUCUCUUCCGACACUCCCUGUCCAUCACUCCCACACUACUCAGCUCCCCCGAAACCACAGAAGAGAGCGAGCAGCACAGAGCUGAGAUGGAGCUGCCUGAGAGGAGAGCGAAAAGGUGA